AUGGCCAAGCAACGAAAGAACAGCGCUUCUAUCGCCGGAGAAGCCGGUGCAACCGCCACCGCCAGGCUGAAGCCGAAGCGGACGCGGAAGAGCGUGCCGCGGGAGUGCCCCUCCCAGCGCACCUCCGUCUACCGCGGCGUCACGCGGCACCGGUGGACGGGGCGGUUCGAGGCGCACCUGUGGGACAAGAACACCUGGAGCGAGCCGCAGAGGAAGAAGAAGGGGAGGCAAGUUUACCUCGGGGCGUACGGCGGCGAGGAAGCGGCGGCGCGAGCCUACGACCUGGCGGCAUUGAAGUACUGGGGGCGCGACACCAUCCUCAACUUCCCGCUGUCUAACUAUGAACAAGAGUGGAAAGAAAUGGAGGAGCAGUCCAGGGAAGAGUACAUCGGAUCACUCCGGAGGAAAAGCACUGGCUUCUCAAGAGGGGUGUCCAAGUACAGAGGCGUUGCAAGGCAUCAUCACAACGGCAAAUGGGAAGCUAGGAUUGGGCGCGUGUUCGGCAAUAAGUAUCUCUACCUAGGUACAUUUGCAACGCAAGAGGAGGCAGCCAUGGCGUACGACAUCGCCGCCAUCGAGCACCGCGGCCUCAACGCCGUCACCAACUUCGACGUCAGCAGCUACAUCAAGUGGCACCACCUCUGCCGCGCCGGCGACGCCGAAGGUCUCCACGGUCCAGGCCAACUCCCCGUCGACAGGGUCCCACACCCCACCGUCGAUCUCGACGAAGCCAUGACCGCCGCCGCCCUCCACAAGCACGAAGACGGCCAAUUGCUACCAACCCAUGUGAGCCCGCCGUCUCAUGCGGCACUCGGCCUGCUGCUGCAGUCGCCCGGGUUCAAGGAGAUGAUCGAGCGAAGCGUUGCCUCCGAGGGCAGCACCCGCUCGCCGUCUUCGUCUUCCUGUUCUCCUUCACCUCCAUCGCCGCCGGCGCUGACCCAGCAGCAACAGCAGGAACCUGAAUAUAGCGGUGGUGCUUCAUCGGCGCGAUGCAGCUUCCCGGACGACGUGCAGACCUACUUCGGGUGCGAGGACCACGACCACGACGGUGGCGUGGGCUACGCGGACGUUGACACCUUCUUGUUCGGGGACCUGGGCGCGUACGCCGCUCCCAUGUUCCAGUUCGAGCUGGACGUUUGAUUUGAAUUAUUCAAUGUGUUACGUUUGUAGAUGUUGAAAAGGAAAUGGCUCAAGUAGGAUCAAGUUAGUGGGUGAUAUUGGGACAGGGAUACAAGUUCACAGCAAUAGUGGAGUCAGGAUAAAUUAUCAAACUUGGUAUUGUUAGCAUUAAUACAUCAUUGAUGGGACAUUUUUAACAUAA